AUGGGUGAUAAAAAACCACAUGCAGUGUUGAUUCCAUAUCCAGUUCAAGGCCACAUCAAUCCAUUGAUCAAACUAGCAAAGCUUCUUCACCUUAGAGGCUUUCACAUAACCUUUGUCAACACCGAAUACAACCAAAAACGCUUGCUGAAAUCCCGAGGUUCCAACGCCUUUGAUGGUUUCACCAGUUUUAGCUUUGAGACUAUUCCAGAUGGUUUAACUCCAACAGAUGGUGAUGCUGAUGGUGAUGUUAGCCAAGACAUAUUCUUACUUUGUAAAUCAAUUAGAAAGAACUUCAUCAAACCGUUCCGCGAACUUCUUGCUAGACUUGAUGACUCUGCAACUUCAGGUCUUGUCCCUCCAGUUACUUGCAUACUUUCUGACAAUAGUAUGUCUUUUACUAUAGAAGCUGCUGAAGAACUUUCACUCCCUAUUGUUUUCUUUAGUCCAGCCAGUGCAUGUACAUUCUUGUCUGGUUUGCAUUUACCAACAUUAUUCGAAAAAGGUCUCAUACCUCUAAAAGAUGAGAGUUAUUUGACAAACGGAUAUUUGGACGCUAAAGUAGAUUGUAUUCCGGGUCUGCAGGACUUUCGAUUGAAAGAUCUGCCAGACUUUAUAAGGAUUAUAGAUCCCAAUAAUUCAUUGCUAGAAUUCAUAAACGAAGCGGCAGAAAGGGCUCUCCGAGCCUCUGCAAUGAUUUUUAAUACUUCUAAUGAACUUGAAAGUGAUGUAUUGAAUGUUCUCUCGACUGUGCUCCCUUGCGUUUACGCCAUUGGUCCUUUAUCUUCACUUUUAUAUCAAAGUCCACAAAACGACUUGGCAUCUUUAAGUACUAAUCUUUGGAAAGAAGAUAAUAAGUGUCUUGAUUGGCUUGAAUCCAAGGAACCUGGAUCUGUUGUUUAUGUGAAUUUUGGGAGCAUGACAGUUAUGACUCCGGAAAAAUUGUUAGAGUUUGCUUGGGGUUUAGCCAAUAGCAAGCAAUCGUUUUUGUGGAUCAUUAGGCCUGACCUUGUCAUCGGUGGCUCAGUGUUUUUGUCAUCUGAGUUUAUGAAUGAAAUUAAAGAUAGAGGCCUAAUCGCAGGAUGGUGUCCGCAGGAGCAAGCGUUAAGCCACCCUUCAAUUGGUGGAUUCCUUACUCAUUGUGGAUGGAACUCAACCACCGAAAGCAUAUGUGCUGGAGUUCCAAUGUUGUGUUGGCCAUUUUUUGCUGAUCAGCCAGCUAACUGUAGAUAUAUCUGCAAUACAUGGGAGAUUGGAAUUGAAAUCGAUACAAAUGUGAAGAGAGAGGAGGUGGAGAAGUUGGUCACUGAAUUGAUGGUGGGAGAGAAAGGAAAGAAGAUGAGGCAAAAGACAAUUGAAUUGAAGAAGAAGAUGGAGGAGGAUACGAGGCCCGGAGGUUUUUCAUACAUGAACUUGGAAAAAGUGAUUAAGGAGGUUAUGCUAAAGCAAAAUCAUACCUAA